AAAAGGCCUCUGUGUGCAGAGAAGAUUCCGAAUUGGUGGGGGUUUUGUCCCUUUUUGUUCCGCUGGAAAGUCCUGGCUGAACGGCGAGCAGGAGCACAACACACCGGAGAGCCUGCACUGUUUCUCGGGCGAUUCGCCUAGCCAGGCCGACGAAGAAGCCCAGAAAGCGCACGCAGUGGUACGGAAGGACGCCAUCGGCCAGGAGCCGUUUGGAGAGCGGACUUGAAGGGACCAGUCCCGGGGUUAUUGGCGGUAGAACUCUGCGGAUCUGGGGGCUCCAGCAGGGCUAGGGGGCGGGGGGCGUAGCGAGGACGGAGAAGGCUGCACGCCGAGAGGCAAAGAGGCUGGGAAGCUAAGUGGCACUGUAGCGCCGGCGUUGUGGCGAUAAAGCCCUGGAUUUUGUAGUACCAGCGUGGCUUAGUGGAUGGGAUGGAACCAGGACCUUCUGGCACCGUGCCCAUGGGGCCCUUCCCCCCACCUCUCCAGCAGGUGUUCCAGGCCCCCCGGAGGCCUGGCAUGGGGACAGUGGGCAAGCCCAUCAAGCUGCUGGCCAACUACUUCGAGGUGGAGAUCCCCAAGAUGGACGUCUACCACUACGAGGUGGACAUCAAGCCCGACAAGUGCCCCCGCCGCGUCAACCGGGAGGUGGUGGAGUACAUGGUCCAGCAUUUCAAACCCCAGCUCUUCGGUGACAGAAAGCCGGUGUACGACGGCAAAAAGAACAUCUACACGGUGCUAGCCCUGCCCAUUGGGAACGAGAAGGUGGAUUUUGAGGUGACCAUUCCGGGGGAGGGGAAGGAUCGCAUCUUCAAGGUGUCGAUCCGCUGGCUGGCUGUGGUGUCCUGGCGGCUCCUGCAGGAGACGCUAGUGAGCGGCCGGCUGCAGGUCCCGCUGGACUCGGUCCAAGCGCUGGACGUGGCUAUGAGACACCUGGCCUCCAUGAGGUAUACCCCCGUGGGACGCUCCUUCUUCUCCCCACCGGAGGGUUACUACCACCCGCUGGGCGGGGGGCGGGAGGUGUGGUUUGGGUUCCACCAAUCGGUGCGUCCCGCCAUGUGGAAGAUGAUGCUGAACAUCGAUGUGUCAGCGACGGCCUUCUACAAAGCCCAGCCAGUGAUCGAGUUCAUGUGUGAGGUCCUGGACAUUCGCAAUAUUGACGAGCAGCCCAAGACCCUGACAGAUUCCCAACGCGUGCGCUUCACCAAGGAGAUCAAAGGGUCCCUAGGUCUGAAGGUGGAGGUGACGCACUGCGGGCAGAUGAAGAGGAAGUACCGCGUGUGCAACGUGACCCGCCGUCCCGCCAGCCACCAGACGUUUCCCCUGCAGCUUGAGAGUGGGCAGACAGUGGAGUGCACAGUGGCCCAGUACUUCAAACAGAAGUACAACCUGCAGCUCAAGUACCCUCACCUGCCCUGCCUACAGGUGGGCCAGGAACAGAAACACACCUACCUGCCGCUCGAGGUGUGUAACAUCGUAGCGGGGCAGCGCUGUAUCAAGAAACUGACCGAUAAUCAGACCUCCACCAUGAUCAAAGCCACAGCGCGCUCCGCACCCGACCGACAGGAGGAGAUCAGCCGGCUGAUGAAGAACGCUAACUUUAACCUGGACCCCUACAUCCAGGAGUUUGGGAUAAAGGUGAAGGACGACAUGGCAGAGGUGACGGGGCGCGUGCUGCCCGCCCCCAUCCUGCAGUACGGAGGCCGGAACCGGGCCAUCGCCACGCCCAACCAGGGCGUGUGGGACAUGAGAGGGAAGCAGUUCUACAACGGCAUCGAGAUCAAGGUUUGGGCCAUCGCCUGCUUCGCCCCACAGAAGCAGUGCAGAGAGGAGGUGCUCAAGAACUUCACGGACCAGCUGCGGAAGAUCUCUAAGGAUGCUGGGAUGCCCAUCCAGGGCCAGCCGUGCUUCUGUAAAUAUGCGCAGGGUGCAGACAGCGUGGAGCCCAUGUUCAGGCACCUGAAGAACACCUACUCUGGGCUGCAGCUCAUCAUCGUCAUCCUGCCCGGCAAGACGCCGGUCUAUGCGGAGGUGAAGCGGGUGGGGGACACUCUCCUGGGAAUGGCCACUCAGUGCGUCCAGGUGAAGAACGUGGUGAAGACCUCUCCCCAGACCCUCUCCAACCUCUGCCUCAAGAUCAACGUCAAGCUGGGCGGCAUCAACAACAUCCUGGUGCCACACCAACGGUCAGCAGUGUUCCAGCAGCCGGUGAUCUUCCUGGGGGCCGACGUGACCCACCCCCCUGCGGGAGACGGGAAGAAGCCCUCCAUCACAGCGGUGGUGGGCAGUAUGGACGCUCAUCCCAGUCGUUACUGUGCUACGGUGCGGGUCCAGAGGCCCAGACAGGAGAUCAUAGAGGACCUGUCCUACAUGGUCCGGGAGCUGCUGAUCCAGUUCUACAAGUCCACCCGCUUCAAGCCCACACGCAUCAUCUUCUACCGGGACGGGGUCCCAGAGGGCCAGCUACCCCAGAUCCUACACUAUGAGCUGCUGGCCAUCAGGGAUGCCUGCAUUAAGCUGGAGAAGGACUACCAGCCGGGCAUCACCUACAUCGUGGUGCAGAAGCGCCACCACACCCGCCUCUUCUGCGCCGACAAGUCCGAGCGGAUUGGGAAGAGCGGGAAUAUUCCGGCAGGUACCACAGUUGACACCAGCAUCACGCACCCCUUUGAGUUCGACUUCUACCUGUGCAGCCACGCGGGCAUACAGGGCACCAGCCGCCCCUCACACUAUUACGUCCUGUGGGACGACAACCGCUUCACCGCCGAUGAGCUUCAGAUCCUGACCUACCAGCUGUGCCACACCUACGUGCGCUGCACCCGCUCCGUCUCCAUCCCCGCCCCCGCCUACUACGCCCGGCUGGUGGCCUUCCGAGCCCGCUACCACCUGGUGGACAAAGAGCACGACAGCGGGGAGGGCAGCCACGUUUCGGGGCAGAGUAACGGGCGGGACCCCCAGGCUCUGGCUAAGGCCGUGCAGAUUCACCACGACACCUUACGCACCAUGUACUUCGCCUGAGACACACCCCGAAACCUCAGAGCCCCCAGACGCACCCGGGACAGUGCAGGAGGGGUCCGUCUCCUCAAAAAACACAACACUAAACAAAACGAAAGACCCCAAAACUGCCUCCACUGGGCAGCCACGCCCACGCGCGGAGAGGGCUUUUAUACCACCGGACUGCUCUUGUACAUGAAUUAUCAUUUUAUUUUUUUGUUUUUUAAAUGUGCAUUAUUGUAUAUUACCUUCACACUCACAUGUAUGUAUGCAAUACGGAGGAAGAGGAAGAUGAGGAGGAAGAGGCCGCCCGAGGUCUUGACUGCCACUGCUAUGCUGCCUCUGAACCGCGGCAAGAACGGACUCUUUUUUUUAAAAAACCGAGACAAGCGAAACAGAAAAAAAACCAACACAACUCUUAAUGAUGCUCUUAAUUUACAUUAUAUUGUUAUUUUUAAAUGUUUUUUAAUUAUUAUUUUUUAAUUUCUAAAUUUUUUGUUUUUUCUUUUCUUUGUUUAAAUGGCCUUGAGGAACGUGAGGCUCGGUACAUUAGCACUUAGCGGUAGCACGUAGGCUGUGUGCACUCGACUUUCGGCUUGUGACAAUAGCACUGUGGUCUGAGGUGAGAAAGGGGAGGAGUCGUGAGUCGUGAGAGAGAUUGAUGGAGUGAGAGAUAGAGAGAGAGAGAGAAAGAGAGAGUGAGAGAAGCAGACGUAGCGAGCUGUAGACACUAAAGAAAGAGUGCCUUACGUGAGCGUAGUAUCGAGGAAGUUAGGGCCACUCGAGUAGCGAGAGAGAGAGAGAGAGAGAGAGAGUUAGCGGAGAUGUAGAGGGAGGGCGAGACAGGACCGGUGAUCACACCCACGCAAACAUGCAACCGACCAACCACACCGGACCAGACCGGACCGGACCGGACCAAACCAGCCUCAGAAAGAACUGACCGAUGACCAGCCAAACUCUGGCGCCAGCCGCGGACCUUCGAAUGUGAUAACGGACACUUCGGGAGGGUCCCGUGUGUUCCGUGGGGUGGGGGGAGGGGGAUUUCACUCAGCUCUUAAUGUCAGUAUUAUGCCACGCCUCCCCCCCCCCCCCUGCUCCCCCUAAAUGGGAGUGGUCCUCCACUUCCUGUUCUUGGUGCUCUGCGCCACGCCUGAUUGGCUGGGCCCUUGUGAUGGAAAGGGCUGUUUUUUUGUUUUUUUUCCAUCCUAGUGCUGAGUCUUACUGCUUCCAUUGUGUUCUGUGGACACACGUGCACCCUGUCAGACAUGAACACAUGCGCAUGCACACACGUGAGCCCAGGCACACGCACACACACCUCUCACACACAGUUCACACACACACACACACACACACACGGGUGCUAUGCAAUGCACCCAUGCACCUGGACACGAGUAAAUAAUGUACUGGGCCAAUUUUCUUCAUGUUAAAACCUCUUCGGGAGACCGCCCCGCCUCAGCAACACAGGGACACACACACACACACACACACACACACACACACAUUCGCACACACGCAUACACACUGCUGUUGGGCUCCUGUCCCUCCUCAGCACUUUCCUGCCUGGCCACGCCCAGUAUUAGGGUGCUCGGCCUGAUUGGCCCAGUGGCCGCUGUAGUCCCCCCCUCCCGGCCCUCCCCCUCCGGCCCACCCUGUCCUGUCGCAAGCCCACAGGUGCGCUGUGUCCUUCGCCGAUCACAGAACUGGGCUUGCUGCAUGGACGGGCGGCUAUCCGUUCUCCUAUGUCCCCAGUAGCUCAGCUGGCUUUACCACGCGUGUGCGUGUGUGAGGGUGUGCGUGUUCGAUUCCCCUGACUGACAGCGGGGUCCCCUGCGCCCUCAUAUUUUUGGGGCUUCUUUAGAGGGGGGCAGGUAUGUCCAGGGGUCCAUGCCUCACCCUGGCUCUAGCAAACAUAGGUUUAGAGCAGGGAUCUCAAACUCCAGUCCUGGAGCGCUCUUGCAAACAGGUUUAGAGCAGGGAUCUCAAACUCCGGUCCUGGAGAGCCCUUGCAAACAGGUUUAGAGCAGGGAUCUCAAACUCCGGUCCUGUAGGGCCCUUGCAAACAUCGGUUUAGAGCGGGGAUCUCAAACCGAAGGGCUGCAGCGUCUGCCGGUCUCUGGUGUGGUUCAGCACUUACGUCAUUGGCUAGCUAAGGCCUCCAUUGCUUCCAAAGGCCUGAACGGGCUGCUGUUUGACAGGGGAAUCACGGAGGCUUGCGGACGUUGCAGCCUUCCAGGACGGGAGUUUGAGAUCUCCGUUUUGACCCCCCCCCCCCCCCCACUGCCCCUGUAAUUCCAUCAAUCAUCAGCAGUGAACACGGAGUUUGACCUGUUAAGUUUACCUUUGUGGAACCCGUGUAGUGCCACAGUUUCUCCUCAAGGGGGCAUCACAGGGUCAGGCAGCUCCUUGUAUCCCGGCAACCCCCGUGUCCUCAUCCCAAGUGACGGAUGCGCCUCUGCUCCGUCUCGUCGUCUGACGCCACCGUCGUUUUUUAAUUUCCGUGAACAGAAUCAAGUUCCCUCAGAUCAGACGACAACACAUGGAUGAUGUACCACUUUUUUUAAAAUUUUUUUUAAGGAAUUUUAAUUUUAAGGGGUGGAGGGGUCACUGCCACCUGCUUUGAGAGGGGAGGGGGGGCGCAACUACUACUGCCCCCAGCCGGGCUAACCAAGCAAUACGUGCCACCAGUGCGGAGAGGUCCUGUUGUAGCACUUCCUAAUAGAUCAGUGAAAGAGGAAAACAGAAACUAGUUCUCUUGGCUCUGUAAGGAAUAGUAUGGGAUAUCUUGGGAGGGUUAUUUUUUAAAAAAUAAUAAAAAAUUGUUUUUUAUUAA